CGUCAAAGUACCGAGUCGCCACCACAAGUGGCGUGCUCGAGGUAUCAUGCCGCCUCCAAAUAUCGUCUCGCAAGAGAUCGAGAAAAUCUCUCUUCAUAACCCCAUUCCUCUGAAAUAUCGUCUUUAUGGACUUCCCUUCCUCUCAUUAUAUCCCGUCUUGUACUACGCAUAUUACCAUAAAUACGACACAUGGGUCGUUUCGGAAGAAUGGACGUUCAUCUAUUGCGUGCUUCUCUUCGCUGGACAUGCCCUCAGUUUCUUAGCCACACGAUGGAGUAGUGGUAUACGAGCCAGGCUCAGCUAUACUACAGCCCGGGGUCUGAAAGAUGCCUCGAAAGUCCGCAUUAUACCUCAAAAAGGAAAGGGAAAAGGGGAAAUCAUACCUCUCGAUUCACAAAUUCCGCCAGGAGCAUCAGAACCUACAUACUCAUUCAUCUACCAACGAGAUACUUAUGUUUAUUCACCAGCUUUAGAUGAUACCUUCACUCCUAUACCAUAUCCCUGUGACAGUUCACCAUCUCUCGAAAUGUUCCAAACCUCCCGAGGAUUGAGCACCACAAAUUCUACGAAAGGAGAUAAGGUGUCUUUGGAAAGUCUCAAAGCCACAUAUGGUCCAAACGAAUGCCAUAUACCCAUCCCCAAAUUCACAGAGCUGUUCGCGGAACAUGCCGUUGCUCCCUUUUUUGUCUUUCAGAUGUUCUGUGUCGCUCUGUGGUGUCUGGACGAAUACUGGUAUUAUAGCUUGUUCACAGCUUUCAUGCUGGUGGUCUUCGAGUGCACUGUAGUCUUUCAGCGAGUCAAAACUCUCACCGAAUUCAGAACUAUGAGCAUUACCCCAUACCACGUGAAAGCAUUUCGUGAUGGUAAAUGGGUCGACGUCAUGAGCUCUGAGCUCGUCCCGGGUGAUUUGGUCAGCAUACUGCGGACCAAACCAGACUCUGGCAUUCCUUGUGAUCUCCUCUUACUGCGAGGGACCUGUAUCGUCAACGAAGCUAUGCUGUCCGGCGAGUCCACUCCUUUGCUGAAAGAAAGCAUCGAGCUUCGAUCCUCCACCGAUCUGCUGGACAUGAAUGGGGCAGAUCGGAAUUCUGUCCUCUUUUCUGGCACGAAAGCUCUACAAGUUCAAGCCACUGGUGAAGGCCCCACGUCGGGUCCAGAGACUCCCGACGGCGGGUGUCUAGCUGUCGUCCUCCGUACCGGUUUUGGCACCACCCAGGGUCAACUGGUCAGGACCAUGCUUUUCUCCACUGAGCGAGUAUCGGCCAACAACGUCGAGAGCUUCCUCUUCAUCGGCUUCCUGCUCAUAUUUGCCAUCGCUGCCAGCGCCUACGUCUGGACUAAGGGUCUGGAGAGGGGGAUGGCCAAGGGCAAGCUCCUGCUGGACUGUAUCUUGAUCAUUACCAGUGUUGUCCCUCCAGAAUUGCCUAUGGAGCUAUCGUUAGCUGUCAAUGCGUCAUUGGUGGCUCUGCAGAAGUAUGCCAUUUUUUGCACUGAACCUUUCCGCAUCCCUUUCGCAGGGAGAGUGGAAGUGUGCUGUUUCGACAAAACCGGAACGAUCACCGGAGAGGAUUUAGUUGUAGAGGGCGUAUGUGGAAUUGACUCGUCAGAUCUCCGACGCCUUGUGCCAGUGACCGAAACGGGAAGAGAAACAACGCUCACUCUUGCUGCCGCCCACGCUCUGGUCCUACUCGAAGAUGGAACCCUAGUGGGGGAUCCCAUGGAGAAGACUACCCUCGGUGCUCUUGACUGGAAACUUUCGAAGGGAGAUACGCUUUCUCCAAACAACAAAUCCUCCCCACACAAAUAUCAAGUAAAUAUCCGACGACGGUUCCAAUUCUCUUCCGCUUUGAAACGCAUGUCAACGCUCUCUGCAGUGUCUGAUGCUCAUGGACGGAAAUGGGUUGCUGCUGUCAAAGGAGCACCUGAGACGCUCAAAAGCAUGUUUUCCACUGUUCCGGAGGGAUAUGACGAGACGUACAGGUGGUACACUAGGAGAGGCAGUCGAGUGCUAGCCUUAGGCAUGAAGGAGAUGCAGCUGAAGGGAGAGGCCAACAAGGUGAUCAGGGACGAAGUGGAAGGAGGAUUAACGUUUGCGGGGUUCUUGGUGUUCCACUGUCCGCUGAAGCCGGACGCUGUUGAGACCCUCAAGAUGCUGGCGGAUAGUUCACAUCGGUGCAUCAUGAUCACCGGUGACAACCCCCUCACGGCUGUUCACGUUGCGCGCGAUGUGGAAAUAGUCGAUAGGGACGUGAUGAUUCUUGAUCUUAAGGAGGGUACUACCACGGACGAGCUGGCGUGGCGAAAUGUGGAAGAGACCAAAGUCAUUCCAUGUUCCCCGACCCUCCCUCUAGACCAGGACAUCUUAAGCAAUUACGACAUUUGCAUAACUGGCGCUGCACUCAAGCAGUUCGCCACUUCUCCUUCCUGGCACGUCCUCGCUUCCCAUACGUGGGUUUACGCCCGUGUGUCUCCUAAUCAGAAACAAUUCAUCCUUCAAACACUACGCGAUUUGGGGUAUGUGACCCUCAUGGCAGGAGACGGAACGAAUGAUGUCGGUGCACUGAAACAAGCUCACAUCGGCGUGGCAUUGUUAGACGGUACACCGGAAGAUCUCAAAGCUAUUGCCGAACAUCGCAAGUUGGAGAACAUGAAGAAAGUGUAUGAAUCGCAAUGCAAGAUUUCGGCUAGGUUCAAUCAGCCUCCACCCCCACCCCCACCUAUAUUGAGAGACGCAUAUCCGGAGCUGGUGAAAAUUCAAGAAGAGGCGAAGAAGGAUAUGCUCAACAAACGCAAGCAGAACCCGAUGGAGAAGUUUGAUUUGACCAGCAUCACGAGUAAAUUAGCGGAGAUGGACGAGGAUCAGGAGGUACCCCAGAUCAAAUUGGGUGAUGCGUCUUGCGCAGCGCCUUUCACUUCGAAAUUAUCAAACGUGGCUGCUAUCUCCAACAUCAUCCGACAAGGUCGGUGCACCCUUGUAGCUACCAUACAGAUGUACAAAAUCCUGGCUCUCAAUUGUCUCAUCACGGCUUAUUCACUAUCUGUGCAAUACCUCGAUGGGAUCAAAUUCGGAGAUUAUCAAGUUACAAUCACGGGUAUGCUCAUGAGUGUAUGCUUCUUGUGUAUCUCUCGGGCGAAGCCAGUGGAAAAGCUCUCGAAAGAACGCCCUCUCGGGAACAUCUUCAACUUUUACGUCCUCCUCAGCGUAUUGUCGCAGUUUGCCAUCCAUAUCGCUGCUUUGGUAUACAUCACGGGUCUCUCCAAGUCACUGGAAGACCGGGGUGUCAUCGAUUUAGAGAAAAAGUUCGAGCCCACAUUACUCAACACGGCCAUUUAUCUCCUCGGUCUCUCCCAGCAAGUUUCGACCUUUGUGCUCAACUUCCAAGGUCGACCCUUCCGGGAAGGCAUCCGGGAGAACCCGCCUCUAUAUUACGGGCUAUUGGGUGUCAGCGCGGUUGCAUAUAGUGGUGCUACGGACUUUAUACCAGAGCUGAAUCGAUGGUUGCAGCUGGUGGAGAUGACUUCAAGUUUCCGCAUUAAGCUCACAUUAUCCAUGAUCAUCGACUUUGCCGGAUGUUUUGUCGUGGAGAAGGUUUGUAAAGCUUUGUUCGCCGAUUUAGAACCUGCAGAAAUUGUCACGAGAGGUAGAGAGCGGAGAGAAAGCCGAAGAUUACUGGAGGAGAAAGAAAAAUCAUCUCAAUUGCCUGCCUCCAAUGGGUCAACAUUGAUGGAGAAGAAAGUUCAAUGAGAGACUUUUUGUUGAGGACAUGCAUAGAACACCGUGUCGC